CUUAGUUUCACUAGCAUUAAUUUUUCCAUCAACAAUUUAAUCAAAAAUGGAGGACGAUUUACUUUACAAAAUACUAGUUUUUCUUGUGUUUUCAUUCAUCUUGUUUGCAGUUCUUUUCUAUAUCAUCAAGGCAUGUCAAGCAUGUUGUAGAAUUAAUUAUAAAUAUUUAGUCGAUGGAAAGUAUGAAAAUGAGCCAACAGUGCUUAGAGAAUCGAGUCCACCAUUGAUGACUGACUAUCCUGAGCAGCUGGAGGAUGACAUAAAUAUUUUACAAUUACUGCCGCAAGAACUUCCAUUAGUAACUCCAACGAGCCCAGAAAGACAACUUUUACCUGCAGGAUCAUCGCAGUGUUCAUGUUCAUCAACAAUACCUCAACAUUCAGCAUUCCACAAUGUUCAACAUUCAGACGAUCCUCCAAGUUAUGAAGAGGCGAUAAGAAUGUCAAUGACUGGAAUUUAGAGCAUAAAAGACUCAUAAGAUCUGACACAUUUGUGACAUGCUUGAUAAAUAGAAUUUUGGCUUCCAUCGCUAAUCAUAGAUCGUCAUUAGAGAAUGACUUGAACCAACCGAAACUGCUUUGUAACAAUUUUGAUCUCAUUUUAAAAUAAAAAAGAAUAUUUUCGAUUUUUUAA